AUGUCUAACAUAUGGUCAAUGUUCGCCACGUGCUUAGGCUUUUAUCAGCUUCUUGGGUUACACUGGUUCAUUCAUAAGGCGGAUAGGUCUAGUCAGUUUUGGACAGUGCUCUGUGUCGCGAUCAAUUUCUGCUUCGUUACCGUGCUCUUGUACUGGGUCUACCAGAAUCCUACACAGGUGCUGUUUAUUGAUUCCGUUCCGGGGUUUCUUCUAGACCUAUUCAAGUUCAUCCUAGUGACAGUCGUCUACAACUCACUGCUCCUCGAGAAUUGCUUUAAUUUUCGUACUCUCCGAGAGGUCUGGAAAGUGCUGGAUCAAAUCCGUGUCCGGUGUAUCCCUUGCUCCAAGUGGAGUCCACUGCAGCGCCAUCAUUUGACCAUUGUUGUGUGUUUUCUAGUACAUCAGGCGUGGUGGGAAUUAAGCUUUGCUUACUUUGUCGCGCCAACGGUUCGAGGACGGAAUUUUACCAUCAUUUUCUGGAUCCUGCUUAUGGUGCUACACCUACGCCAGCUCCAGAUCCUACUCUACACGGAUGUGGUAGGUUUCUGCCUGAAGCAAAUGAACGAUCAGCUACGUUGGACAAUCGAGUUGAGCAAGGGAGCUUCGAGCUAUGGCGGAACUCGCAGUGACGGACAGCUCUGUGUCCAACUCGCGCAACUUAUCGAUGCGUUUGCGAGGAUUGAACGUUUGCUGGGCUUACUAAACCGAGCGUUCGGAUAUUCGUUUGUCAUGAUUAAACUCAUCAUCCACGUCUACCUUUUGACUGAUACAUAUUGGAUCGUUUAUGGCAUUCUGAAAGGGAAUGUCUUUGAAGGACUUUACUUGGAAUGCUGUCUGCUAUCGAAAAUAAUUGCCCUGAUGUUAAACCUGCACUCAAACGAACGGAUCGGGCAAGAAUGUGUCCGUAUGCGGCAGCUUUUGCACUCAGUCGACCUAGGAUGGCAGAUGCGUUGUGAAACCGGGUAUCAGAUGGUGCAAAACUUUCUGCUCAAAAUGGAAUCCUGCCAGCCGCUCACAUUAACAGCGAUGGGCUUGUUCAAGAUGAACUACGCCAUCAUGAUGGAGGUCAGUCGUUUAGUAACACAGAAUCUGAAGCCGUGA